GUUGCAUCUGGGAGAGGCGAUGACGAUUGCAAACCUCACGAAUCGCACCUUUGUGCUCACACACGUGGGCAGCAGUCGCAUCGGCAUGGACCGCGACCUACCGCUCUGCACCUACUUCAACAUUGACAAGAUCACGGCGCACAUGGAGUGGAUCACAGAGGACUACCUUAUGGCUGAGAUGCAUCGGUUGCAGCGGCCGCUGCAAAUGAAGACGCUGGUGCUGCACAAGGCACGGCACCGAUGUAACCGGCAGAUCUGGCACCAGGUGGAGGGGCGG